AUGCCGGGGAGGGCGAAGAAGGUUACCCUGAACAAGGCAACCUUCGUGGAGAUCAGGCACAAGGGAUGCAAACCAAAAAGACAGACCACUAGAGUGCUCAUAAACUACGACAAGAAGGACCUGCAACAGCUCGUGUCGUGCGUGGAGAGGGCGCUGCAAAAAUCCCCCUCCGACCCCCCGGUGCGCGUGACGAGUCUAAGCUAUGCCCCCGUCGAGACCACCGGCGGCGAGGGCGGUGGUGUACUAGACGGCACGCCGUUCUGCCCGCAACCCAAGCGGCAGAAGUCGUCGACCGACGCGCGGCACAAGAACGUCCUGCUGACUCAGAAGACGUUCAACCCGGAGGUGUUUUGGUCCAUGGAGAAGGUCUUCCUCGCCGCCGUGGUAGUUAGGGAGGGCGACGACGAAGAUGAUGAAGAAGAAGUGGUCAACGACGAAAACAACCGAAGACUCUCCAACGGCAGUGUCGCCACGUCGAACACUUCUCCCGCUGGCCGCGGCGUAGGCACCAUCGGCAACAGCAGCGAUAGCCCGUCACCGCCAGCGCCGAAGCCUCCCGCGCAGCAGGGGAGCUUGUCCCCCUCGAGCCCCCCUCAGUUAGAUCGUGUCUCGCGGAUAGGGGAUGCCGGUAAGCGUGGCGGCGGGGGUGAGGGGUCUGGUGGUGAUUCGCCGGCGCCCCCGUGGACACCGCCCGGCCCCGUGUUGUCUGUGGCGGGGGCGGGAUCUUUGACGCCGGCCAUGAGCACGCUGUCCUCGAGGGGUUCGACUGAGACGGAGCGGGACGGAGAGAGAGGCGCGGGUGGGGACUCGGACAACGGUAGCAUCCUCGACAGCAGCAGCAGCUGCUGCGGCGGCGGCAGCGUUGGCCGAGGGCGCAAGCAAUCCUCCGCCACUGCCACUUCGUCGUGCGCGAGCACCGUUCCCGAAGGCGGCGGCGUGGGCGGCGGCGGCGGCAGUAGCGAGGCUACCGAUUCUCCGCUCGCUAGCCCCGGCCCCGGGAAGCGCUCGGUUCUGUUCCGGCGGGCUUCUCGGCUCCCGCCCGACACCGAUCGAAACUCCGGCAGCAGCGAAGGCGGCGGCGGCGAUGUUUCCUCGAACGGGGACGACCGAACAGCUGGUGCCGCCGCCGAGGAGGCCGCCACUGGCCGCGGCAGCGUUGUUGGUGGUGGCACGGACAGUGAGAGCGCCGACUUGGUCCGCGGCGGCGGUGGCGUGCGGCCUGCCAGCCGCGGGGACCCUGUCGCCGCCCACGAGCAGCGCUCGAAGCAGCCGCGUGGCAGCGACAGAGACAAGGAGAGCUCCCGGUCCGCUGCUGGCCAGCGCGAAGUCGGGAGCGGCAGACCGGGGACGGGCAGCUCGAGUUCGAGGAGCGCGGCGGCGGCGGUCAAGGGGGACGAAAGGCGGAGGGCGGCCGUGGACAGACCGGCGGGGGAUAAGGGCCUGCAGAAGAAGAGGCCGGUGACGAAGACGAGAGAGUUGUACCCCAAGCCCGGCACGACGACGACGACAGCCGCAAGCGCCAGGUCCGCCGCCCACAAGAGCCGCAGCAAGCCCGUUACCACUGCUACCGGCUGCUCAACAACGACGACGACGCCCCACAAACAGAAGACUACGACGGCCGCAACGCCCGCAAAGCAGAAGCCCGCCGCAACGCCACGCAAGCCUCUCACGACGACGCCACGCAAGCCGCAGCAGCAGCCAGUGCAGCACCAGUCCCCCUGGGGGGCGAAGCCCAGCGAGCGCAGGCAGCCGCCAUUCAAGGCCGCGGGUGCGCCCAAGGCGAGGCUUCCGCUGAGAACGAACACGGCGACGGCGACGUCGGCGGCGGCGGCGGGAGCAACGGCGACUCCUGGGAAGUCGAGGCCGAAGGGAACGGCGACGGCGGCGGCAGGAGGAAGCGGCGGCGGAAGUGGUGCCGCUUCGGGAGAAGGGAGCCCGAGCCCCAGCAAGCGUGGGCCUCCUAGGGUUUCUGCCUCCGGCCACAUGGCUUGGGAGCGCAACCUGAGAACGGUGUCCAAGUUCCAGCCGAAGAAGAAGGUCACCUCCCUCCCGAGCAAAAAGGAGGCGCUGCACCGGGCUAUGCGAAGGGGUGGAAAAGGCGGUGGCGGCGGCAGCGGCGGUGGGUGGGGAGGUCGCAGUGGAGGAGCCGGUGGCGGUGGCGGUGGCGGUGGCGGUGGUGACGGCGACGGUGGCAAGGGGGAAGAUGGCCGGCCUUCUAUUGGGACGUGGGCCACGACGCAGAACUAUCUCAAGAUCCUGAAGGAGAUCAGCGGAAAGGACGAAGAGGAGCUGGAGUGGUUGGUCGUGGCCAAGAAAGGGCAGGGGGUUAAGAAAAGCGAGACGAGGCGCGAGAACGCGGAGACAGAGUACCACCGCUUGCUCUGCGAAGAAUCCAUGCAGGAGGCGGGCCUUAAGCUUCUCAAAGACCGCCGGCUGGAGGUGGCUCUGAGGAAUGUUGGGAAGCUGGGGGAAGAGCUAGAUCGCCUGACCGAGCUCCUAGAGGAGCUGGGCGGACAGAUGAUGGAGCGCGCAGCUGCGGCCGCAGAAGCGGCGGCGCAGGCAGCGGAGAAGGAGGCGGUAGCGACGGCAGCUGCGGAGGCUGCGGCUGCUGCGGCGGCGGCGGCGAGAGCCUCGCGGGAGGCGGAGAGGGCGCGUCUCGAGCGGGCCAGGGGUGACGCGGAGGAGAAGCUGGGGAGGGUGCUGGGGGACAUCGGGGCCGGGAAGGAGAAGCUCAGGGCGCUGGGGGGCACCGUGAAGGAGGAGUGCAGGAGGGUGCCCGGCGGGGGCGGUAGCGCGCUCGAAACGGUCGAGGGCAUCACGGCGGACGUGUGUUCGGCGAGGGAGCUCAUCGCGCCAGCACGGGCCAAGAGUGGCCUGAGCGGCAUCCAGGAUGCCGCCAAGACUCUCGCCGAGGACCUCCGCAAGACGCGGAGCGGGUCCCAGGCUGCCCUGGCUCGGAUGGAGAAGUGGAGGGAACGUAAAGAGGCACUCCCGGAGUACGGCCAAGGUAAUGAAGUCGCCGAUCAGGAAAAGGCGUGGUUCGAACGAGAGAGGGAGGCCAACGACCUGGCCCUGCAGCGCACCCGCAAGCUCAUUCCCGUGGGCGUGACGCGCCUCACGGUGGCGGAGCUGGAGCAGCACGCGCUCGACGCCGGGUCGCUGUACCCGCGAGAGCUGACCCUGCGGAUCAAGGAAAACCGCCUCCUUCACUGGGUCGUGACCCACCCGGACGACAUCGCGCGGUCCAACUUCCUGCGGGGCGACCACGCCCACUUCUUCACCAACCUGGACAAGUACGAUCUGGUGGAGCUGAGGGCAAUCAUGGCUUGCCUUCCGGCCAAGUUCGAGGUGGACGCGGACGGCCGCAAGGCUGCCUGGAGAGAGCUCUUCCUGCAGCGAGCGCAGAGCCUCGUGGCGCAGGAGAGGGGGGACACCGUUAGCGGCGGGUGGGACCCCGAAAUCGGUGCCCGGCGGGAGGUUCAGCUGCCGCAGCUGACCCCCGAGCAGACGCGAAGGAAGGAGUACUUCUAUCCGACGGCGGCGGAAGUGGAGGACAGGGUCCAAAAGCUGCAGGAGCGACAGCGGCGGCUGGAGGAGAAGCAAGCGAAGCUGGCACACGUCAAGGACGAGCUGCUUCCCGAGGCGAAAGAGGAGUACGCCAACGUGUUGGAGGACACCCGGCACCCGGCCAACAAGGAGGCGUUUAGGCCGGAGGACUUGAGGAGGGCGAGAGACGAGGCAAAGUCGGAGGUCGACAGACUGGCGAAGGAAGCGAGACGACUGGAGGGGGACGUGUCCUCGGCAAAGCGUGCCCUGAGGGAGAGUCCGUACACCGUCGACUCCCUGCGAGCCGAGGCCGAUGCGACUCGACGGCUACUCUCGGAGCGCGCGAGGAAGCAGCGCCUCCUGGCCAAGCGGAAGGAGAAGGCCGCCGCUGAAGCGGCUGCCACCGAAGCUGAAGCGGCCGCCACCGAAGCUGAAGCGGCCGCCACCGCCGGCAGUGAGCCGGGGGACGAGGUGGCGAUUGCGCUGGCGGCGGUAGUCACCGCGGUGGUGGAGAAGGCGGAAGACGAGGAGGUGGAGGAGGGCUUGGAGGUGGAGGGGGCGUUCGAUCCGACCCCGGAGCUGCGGUCCAGGUUCGCCGACAAGAGCAGCUCCCUGCGGUUCGUUACCGCGGACGAGGAGGCGCGGAUGCGGAAGGAGGAGCUGGCGAGCGUCUUCGCCGUCCGGGAUAAGGAGGCGGCGGCGACAGUGGCGGCCGCGGCGGCGACCGAGGAGCUGCCGGCGGUGAGGGGAGCGUCGGAGAGCAGCAACGCCGCCGGGGGGGGUGAUGGCGACCAAGGCCGGGUAGUAGCGAGAGGGGAAGGCGCGGUCGACGGUGCUGCUGUAGCCGCUGGCGGCGGCGGCGGCGGCGGCGGAGACGGAUCGCCUGCAGCAGGGAGUUCGGGGAUGGGACCAGGCCGGAUGAAGGCCUUCGGUGCGGUCCUGGAGAAGACGCUCAGUCAGAACUUGUUCGGGCGGGCGCCCCCCCCCGGUACUACCGCCGCCGCCGCCGCCGCCGCCGCGGGUACCGGGGCGGGCGGGAAGACGAUGCCGAAGAAGGCAACGGCUGACGCUGCUGCCGCCGCCCUGACGCCGCCGUGCAAGCCGAAGUCCAAAUUCUUCCGGUCCAUCGCAUCCCCGACCAAGCCGCCGAACGACACCGGCCCGACGAGCCUCCCCCCGCCGCCGCCGCCGCCGCCGGCACCGAUGAUGGGCGGACUGCUUUCGCAGAUCCGGGCCCGCGGUGGAGGAGGCGCCGGCGACGCGAUGGGCGGGCUUCUGGCUCAGAUUCGGGCGGCUGGCAGGGGUGACGCCGACGGGUCCCCCGCCGGAUUUCUUCGCGCAGAGAAGUCAUACCGUCAGGUUGGGGGACACGGCGGAAGGGACGACGUGGGUGUCGCCGUCUUGGCAGAGUUGCCUUGGGCCGGUGUCGUGUGUGGAGCUUCCGCAUUGGCUGUGUCUUGUGGAGAGGUGCGGUUGGACCGGAGGCUUCCACGAGACUUGGUGUUGCUAUUGUCGCCUGGCUCUUCAGGCUGGCAAAUAGAUGGUACAAUGGCAUGUCGGACGGGAAGCUGUGGGUUCAGCGGCAUUUUUUCUGUUUCGGUUGCUAGAGUUUCGAUAUCUGUUUUGAUCCGCCAUUCCUAG